UUCAAUUCAUAUUUUCACUUUUUAGUCCACCCUAACUAUCAAUAUCUACCACUAAUUUCAGUAAAAUUUCAUGCCACAUGAAUAAGAUGACAUGCUAUGAGUUUGUCUAAGAGGCAUAACGUGGAUAAGCAUGUGAAUAAUUAUGAUGUGACAGACAUGUAUGACAUUCAUGAGCUGGUGAAGUAGGAGAAUGCAUGUUGUAAGAAUUAGAAGUAGUGAAUGUGGUGCAUGUCUCAAAAAUAAUGCUAUUGGAUGCUGGCAUGGCAUACUUGGUGAGGUGAAAGGCUGCAUGUUAUUUUAUUUUUUUUGCUUGUAAUAGGCAUAAUUUUUGUAAGAAUAUAGGAUAUAGGAUGCACAUCAACCAGAUCAGGCUCGUGGCAUGGCUGUGUUAUGGUGUUAGAAAACAACCAAUUAAUUAGUCACAAAAUUGGCACAUGGUUUUUUUUUCCCGCCAUAUAAAAAAUCUUGAAAAGAGUUUCCGUGGAAUGGCUAGUAGUAUUCUAAACCAAAAGUGCUGCUUGUUGAAGACUUCCCGUGUAUAAAAUAGAAGCAAAAAGUCUGCCGUUGUGUAAAGAAAAUAAAGAAAUGGGAGAAGAAUAGAACAAAUGUAAGGAUCACACGGUGUUGCUGAUCCGGUCUCUCGGCCCAUUCCUGGCAAGUGGCAACUGAGUACAUGCAAAGCCACGACAUAUCGCAUGUUGAAUAACGAAAACUGAACUUUGUCUGACGCAAUCCACACGCAACAUAUACAACACAAUAUUUCGUGAGGUGACCUCUUCUCUUAGAGGAUCAUCAGGACGAACUCUUCCAACUUUCGCGCUAAUCAUAUACGAAUAAAUAAUGUCAGCAGCCUCGUGCAGCAAAUGAAAGCUGCGGCAGGUGGUACGGCAGUGCUAAUACUCAAGUUGACAACGGCAUGUGGAACAUGUCAAACACGCUUCCACAAAAUCUUACCAACAAGUUCAACACCCUGCACAAUGGCCAGACUAUAUAUAGCUUCCAUACCGUUCCGGUUUCCCUCACAUCCAUCUCUGCCAUAUUCCUUCAUUUUCUUCUAGCAGCUAGCUUGCCAAUCCAUCCAUCGGUGGCAAAUUCAGCAGCUUAAUUCUAGCCUUCUCCUUCUGAACGUGCAGUAGUGCACAUGGCCGCUUCCCCUUGCUUUUCGUUGGCUGCUCGCUGCAGCCUCUUGCUCACGGCAGCACUGGUCCUAGCGCUGAGCCACGGAGCCCAUGGUUAUGGCGGUGCCAGCGCCGGGUUGAGCUCGUCCUUCUACGACGACUCGUGCCCUAGUGCACGCGACAUUGUCCGGCGUGUCAUCCAAAACGCCCGCGUUGCCGACCCGCGCAUCCCAGCCAGCCUCAUCCGCCUUCACUUCCAUGAUUGCUUUGUUCAGGGCUGUGACGGCUCGCUUUUGCUGGACAACGACCUCCCGGCGAUCCAGACCGAGAAGGAGGUCCCUGCCAACGACCGGUCAGCGCACGGGUUUGAUGUGGUCGACAGCAUCAAGCAUGCGCUGGAGAAUGCGUGCCCUGGCAUCGUGUCCUGUGCCGACAUCCUCGCACUUGCCUCCGAGAUCUCAGUUGAGCUGGCUGGAGGGCCUCGCUGGAGUGUGCCGUUGGGCCGCCGUGAUGGCACGACCACCAAUGUUGAGAGCGCCAACAAUCUCCCAAGCCCCUUCGACUCUCUGCAGACGCUCCAGGAGAAGUUCAGAAACUUGGCCCUCGACGACACUGAUCUUGUCGCCCUCCAGGGAGCGCACACCUUUGGGCGGGCGCAAUGCCAAUUCACACAGCAGAACUGCAGUGCCGGGCAGGACGGGGAAACACUGGUGAACCUCGACACAGUCACCCCAGACGUCUUCGACAACAAGUACUAUGGCAACCUCUUGCACGGCCGCGCCCCUCUCCCUUCGGACCAGGUAAUGUUGUCCGACCCUGUCGCCGCCGCGACCACCGCGCCGAUCGUUCACAGGUUUUCUGGUAGCCAGAAGGACUUCUUCAAGAAUUUCGCGGCCUCGAUGGUCAAAAUGGGGAACAUAAGCCCGUUGACCGGAAGGGCCGGGGAGAUUAGGAACAACUGUCGGAGGGUGAACAAAAAACCCUAUUGAUGAAUGAGAUUGACAUUAUGAGUUGUGAACUCAUUGUCCUUGUGUAAAUCAUUCUUUUAAUUCAUUCUAACUGUAAAGGGUUCCUUCUAUUCUCUUUGGAAACAAAUGUAAAUGUUCUUUUUUUCUUUACUACAUGUGAUUGUCGCGAACCCAUUCUUUUCAUGCCAGCUGACUUGUUUUCAAUAAACAUAUAUUCAUAUCACUUUACCACCAUUCAAUCAAAUCUUGUGUAAGAUCACUGCUACAGAAUGAAAUGUCAUGGAACUGCAUACCUUUUUUUUGAAACUUUUCGCGCCAUUGCCUUUGUCAAAACGUGCAUAGUUCAAUACCUAUUUGAAAUAACCUAUUAACAAAGUGACAGAAAGGAAGCAAGUAUUUGUGCCUCUGAUUUCAGAACAGGAAUAAGCAUGUACACAUUCAAUCCAAUUAUAUAGACCUGGUUAGAGUGAUUCGGAGCCUGGGCUCAGCCGCUCCUGCCCAUGAACAUUAAAAUCAGAAAAAAAAUAGGAAAAAUAAAGUCAAAAUUAUCUAAACCUUGUUGGUAUCCAAGAUGUUUGGGUGCACAAUGUGAGUGCAAAUUUUCGUGGUGUUUGGAGAUUUGAGGAGGUUGUGGCAAAAAAAAAAUGGUGCUCAAAGAAACUUUAAAAAAAUGCACUGCUUAAACCUGAUUUUGUUCUUCUGCCACGACCUCCUCGGAUGUCCAAACACCACAAAAAAUUUCACGCAUCCUGGCAUCUCUGAUGCCAAAAAUUUCAGUUUUUUCUUUUGCUAUUGUUUUGAAUUUACUGUUCAUCAGGAGCAUAUGAUCCUGGGCUCAGACAUUAUAUAGACCCAAUUAUACUAUCAUGAUCCUGGGCUCAGACAUUAUAUGAUCCUGAAGAACAUCAUGCUAUCAUCUCUAGAAGGGCGGGAAUAAACAUUUACACAUUCGAUCCAAUUAUACAGACCCAUCCAUUUUGCUCAAAAAGAAAAAAAAAGACUCGUCCAUACACAUGAACAUGGUAGAAGAAAAUGCCGCCCAAGCAGCCCUGCCCUACAUUUGCAGCAACUACAACGUGAUCAUCAAUGACCAUAACUACCAAGCUUUUGAUGUCGUGAAAAGAAGCCUAUACUCAACACUAGCAUGGGCCCUCAAAA